AUGCUCACCCGUCAAGUCGCGGAGUCUGCCGGCCCUGUUCGUUUGGAGGAUUCGACGGUAUCCACUGGUCCUGUAAGGCAAACCUGCCCGAAACAAUCCAGAGUCACGCCAGCCCUGGACCAACGUCGCGAGGCCCUUUGCGCCGAUCUACGCCAAUUUAUGUGCCGGAGGCCACCCCCGCGGCGUCCAAUUAUGUCCUCACACCACCAGAAUGGCUCGUCGACACCCCGGGUAGACGAGUACCCGCUGAAGUCCGAGAUAGGGUGGCGGUACUCCGUCACGAUGGACCCCGCACAAACCACCGUUUCCUCAUGUGGGCGGAUGAUCAACUGUUCCGUAUCGACGUUAAAGUACACGGGCGAGUCACGAUCCAUUUCGUCCGUUCGAAAUAAGGACACCGGUGUUCAGUUUCUUACCAGCAGUCCGGACAAUAAGCAGCGAUCCAAGCUGCCAUCGAUCAGUAAACAGGAUAUUGAGGCUGUACUGCCGCGUGGAGUACAUGCCAAGGAACAGGUCCUGAAUAGCAUGAUUGUGAAGCGUGUUGGCAAUUUUCUUCAAGAUCACACUCUACAAGUUGGCCGUAAGAAGAAGGAUAAAAAGGGCAGUGGCACAUUUGUGCCAAUUGCCUAUGGAGCCUUGGCUAUGCUGGCCGGUAAAGCCUUGAUUGUCUUUAAAUUGGCGCUGGUAUUGGCAUCCAUAAUUGGCAUCAAGAAACUAUUGAGUGGCGGCGGCGGAGGCAAGGAAUCCUCUCAUGAAGUUGUUGUCUCCUCUGUCGGCCAUUCGGGCUGGGGUCGGGACUUUGAUAAAAAGUCCUUUUUGGCCUACAGCGUCUGGAAGCCGGCAAAGGAUUCGGCGGGCAAAGAGAAGAAGUUAACCAAAGAACCGAUAUAA